AAAAAAAUAAGAAAGCUUGUGUCAAUUGAGAGAAAUACCCAGAUAAUCAGUACAAUAUUAACUGUUCUGGUAAAGCUUUACAUACAGAGCCUAUCAGCCACAAAACGUUAGUUAUUCGAUGCAACUGAGAAUGUCAUCGCCUCAACGAUAUGGGUCCUAUGACCCGGAAGACCUAACAGACAAAACCUUCGAGUUUGAUGAUAAAACUAUAAGAAGAGCAUUCAUUCGGAAAGUCUAUGCGAUAUUGUUUAUUCAACUAAACAUCACCCUCGGCGCCAUAACACUUUUUAUGUAUUGCGACCCUAUCAAACAGUGGGUGCGAGCUCAUCCACAUAUGAUUUGGGUUGCUUUGGGAACAUCGUUUGCCACGUUGCUUAUUAUAGUAUGUUGCGGACAGGUCCGUCGCAAGGUUCCGAUGAAUUACAUCUUCCUGCUACUUUUUACAUUGGCAAUGUCGUUUGUCCUGGGAGUGACGACAGCAAGUUUCAACCUUCAGGAGAUUAUGCUAGCAGUGGCCAUUACAGCAGCUGUCUGCCUUGGAUUGACACUUUUCGCAUUCCAAACCAAGUGGGACUUCACCGUUAUGGGAGGUAUUCUGGUUGUGGCAUUGAUCGUUCUGGUCUUGUUCGGAAUCAUUGCGAUGUUUUUUCCGAAUAGAAUAUUAACUAUCGUAUAUUCGAGUGCAGGUGCGCUUUUGUUCAGCAUUUGCCUGGUAUACGACACGCAGUUGAUAAUGGGCGGAGAACAUAAGUACAGCAUUAGCCCAGAAGAAUACGUUUUUGCAGCCCUAACUCUCUAUCUGGACGUCGUCAACAUAUUCAUGCACAUCCUCCAAUUGAUCGGAGUAUCUCGUAACUGAAGAUAAUGAAGAUAUGUAUGACCGGUUUAAAUCGUUUCAAUUAUGAUAUAUUCU